UUAGCAACCCAAACGAGGAGAGGCCGGGUCUUAUCUGGGUGUCAGAUUUCAUUUGCAGAGGUGCGGUGUGUCCGCUGAGCGUCCAGUCCAUGCAGAAUUGGAUGCUGAGGGGUCCGUUAUACAGAGAUGCGCUUUACUAUUAAGGCACAGGGAAGAUCGUAAGAUACGGAUCGCUUUGGAUGAUAUACAGUGCGUAACGGACUCGCUCACACCUGACGCGCUGCAGCCGACGGGUAGGCGGUUUUGCCGGUGAAUGAAAGGGCUCUCCAAUCAAGGGGAAUGAGAAUUUAAUCUCUUUUCUUAUGGAUUUAAUGCUAAUUCACUUGAUUUAAAGCAAACCGUAUUUUCGGGAUCCCCUUGCUGUUGGAAACGAGCAGGAUACAUCUGCAUACAAAUUGGAUUUGAGUGAACAACGGAUGCUCACAGACAGCGGCGGAGCGCGUUCAGAUGAAUGUGUGAAGAAAUCUUGUCAUGAUGACGUUGUUUAAUGACAGAUGUGGACCGUUUCAUAUGCGGGUGUUCUCAAGGCUAAGGAUGCUUUUGGUGAUUUGCAUAAUAUUGGAACUGUUAAUGGCAAUGGUCGGAGGAGAGGGGACGCCGGGUGUUUUGGAGCUCCAGUUGGAUGAGGAGCAGCCCGCGGGGACAAUAGUGGGUGAUAUUAGCGCAGGCCUACCACCCGGAGUUACCGCUUCUCUAUACUUCAUCUCUGAUCAUGAGGGCACCGGCAUCGGUGAUCUUCACAUCGAUGAAACCACUGGAAUCAUCAAGACUGCCAGACGGCUUGAUCGAGAGAAAAGGGACCAUUACAGUUUCAUAGCGGUCACUAUGACGGGUCUCACGAUCAAGGUCUCCAUUACUGUGAAUGAUAUCAAUGACCACGCCCCCGCAUUCCCUAAAAAGAAAGUUACUUUGAAGAUCCCAGAGCAAACAGCGGUGGGAACAAAGUUCUCUCUCGAUCCAGCCACUGAUGCGGAUAAGGAUCAGCUUACAGUACAAGGAUAUCAGAUCAAAGACGGCAAUGUGGGACAAGUGUUCCGGCUUGAGACCAAAAGGGCAGCUAACAAAGUACUUUACCUUGACUUGGUGGUCAGUGGUGUCCUUGAUAGGGAGAAGAGGUCUUCCUACUCUUUGGUGUUGGAGGCUUUCGAUGGUGGUGCUCCAAGGAAGACUGGUCAAAUGACGGUUGAUGUGCAUGUGCAGGACAUCAACGACCACGCUCCUGUUUUUAACCAGAGUCGGUACCAUGCCAUUAUCUCCGAGAGCUUACCUCAGGGCAGCAACAUACUACAAGUUUUUGCAACAGAUGCUGAUGACGGAGAUAACGGCCUUGUGCUGUACGAGAUAAACCGACGCCAGAGUGAUCCAGAUCGCUACUUUGCCAUUGACUCUCGCUCUGGGGUCAUUACACUCAGUAAGCCUCUGGACUAUGAGGUGAGGAAGGUUCACGAGCUCGUAGUGCAAGCCAGAGAUAAUGCAAGCCAUCCAGAGAUCACCAACGCCUUUGUAACAAUCCAUGUACGGGACUACAACGAUAAUCAACCAACCAUGACCAUUAUCUUCCUCAGCGAGGACGGUUCACCCCAAAUCUCAGAAGGCGCUCAGCAAGGUCAAUACGUCGCUCGAAUCUCCGUAUCUGACCCUGAUUACGGAGAGUACUCCAAUGUCAAUGUGUCUCUUGAAGGGGGUGAUGGGAAAUUUGCUCUGACCACUAAAGACAGUAUCAUCUACCUCAUCUACGUAGACCAGUUACUGGACCGAGAGGAAAGGGAUUCCUAUGAGCUUCGUGUCAUGGCUACCGAUGCAGGAACCCCACCACUACGAGCCGAGUCCUCGUUUACUAUUCACGUCACUGAUGUAAACGACAACCCGCCUCUCUUUGACCAACAGGCUUACAAGCAGACCAUAUCAGAAGUUGUCUAUCCGGGUAGCUUUGUGUUGCAGGUGACAGCAAGGGACAAAGACCAAGGUCCCAACGGUGAUGUCCGCUACAGCAUCCUGCCAGACAAGAAGACACAUGCCAGUUGGUUCACCAUUGACUCCGUAACAGGUAUCAUAACCACGGCGACCCAGCUGGAUUAUGAGACAGACCCUAAACCAAGAAUCAAAGUAGUGGCCACUGAUGGAGGAAAGCCUCCGCUAUCUUCCACCGCUCUUGUGGAAAUUGAUCUGCAGGAUAGUAAUGAUAAUGCACCAGUCUUUGAAAGCAGCUCCUACAAUGUCUCUAUCAAGGAGAACACUGCUGCCGGGACCUGCUUCCUUGAGGUGAAAGCAGAUGAUGGAGAUGGUGGAUCAUUUGGUGCCAUCGCAUAUUCUCUUGGUGGUUCAGGACCUGGUAGUGCUCCACCGAGCCAGUUUACCAUUAAUAAGGAGACAGGACAGAUCUGUACCGGUGUGACACUGGACCGAGAUGAAGGAUCGGACAGUUUCGACUUUACCGUCACUGCUUCUGAUGGGGGAGGUCUUACCUCGUCUGCCCAUGUGAAGGUGUCAUUGGUGGACAUUAAUGAUAACAGACCUACGUUCUACCCUGUGAACUAUGCCGUCAGCCUGAGCACACAGAGCGCGCCCGGGACCUCCGUUGUCAGGGUAACAGCCCACGACCCAGAUGCUGGUGCGAAUGGUAAAGUGACGUUUCACACUGUCUCUGGUGGUGGAUCCAAUUUCUUCACUCUCAACAAGGACACGGGCGUGAUUUCCCUGUCACGCUCCCUACAUGGAAAGGCCAACUCUGUCAUCACCAUGGUGAUCACAGCACAGGAUGGAGGUGGCCUUACUGCGCCUGUCAAUGCCAGGGUGAACAUCAGCAUUGUGGCUGGCUCAGUGGCGCCCCCGGUGUUCGAACAAGCGCAGUACUACUUCACAGUGUCAGAGGACGUGCUUCGGGGUACCGAGGUCGGCGUAGUGCGGGCCAGCAGCAGGAACGUAGUAUCUAAGGAUGUCACCUACACAAUCUCUGCGGGAGAUCCAGAUGGCUAUUUCAUGGUUGAUUCAGAGACCGGAGCACUAAGAACAAGCCUUCCUCUGGACCACGAGACCCGAAAUUUCUUCGAUUUGGAGAUUCAAGCACGCAGCGGCUCCCCUCCAGCUUUUGGAGAAGCUCGUGUUCGGAUCACCAUUGCCGAUGUGAACGACAACGCCCCUGUAUUCUCCCCAUCAUCUUCUGAGUCUCUGCUACUACCAGAGGCCACCAAGAUGGGAACCGUGGUGUACCGCGUGCAGGCAGAAGACCGGGAUUCGGGCCCCAACGGGCAGCUUAGCUUUGACCUGAUGUCAACCGGCGGACAGCGCACUUUUGGGGUGGAACGGAGCAGUGGGGAGAUACGACUAAUUGGGAGUUUGUCGUAUGACAGCGUAUCUCGCUAUGACCUCCAGGUGAUCGCAAAAGACAGUGGGGCACCACAGCUUAGUGCUACUUUCACCCUUGUGGUCCACAUUCAGGCGGAAAACGACCAGGGUCCUGCAUUUGACACAGUGAACUACCGUGUUGAACUUAAGGAAAACACGCCACUCAACACUCGGUUCCUGCAGGUUCGCGCUCUCAAUAGAGAUCCCACCGGAAACGGAGGCUCUUCCAAGGGUUCCACACCAUCUGCCCCGCUGGCAUACCGGCUCCGUCCGGAUGGGGAUGCAGCCGGUUUUGGAAUCGCCUCCGACAGCGGUUGGCUGUUUGUUAAGAGCGCUUUGGAUCGGGAAGCCAAAGAUAUUUACCUGUUAACCGUGCUUGCUACCUCAGGAAGUGGCCAGAUGAGUAAAACAGGAAGCGCCACGGUAAGAGUUUCAGUGACGGAUGAGAACGACAACUCGCCACGUUUCUCUCAGGAGAGAGUCUUCUUGGCGGUGAGAGAGAACUUGCCUGCUGGAACCGGUUUUGGGAGAGUGUCGGCUACUGACCGUGAUGCUGGCCUUAACAGCCGACUUACAUACAGGCUACUCCAUACGGACCGUCACUUCCAGAUCAACUCUCAGACCGGUGAGAUCAGUACCCGGACACCUCUGGACCGCGAGCUCCAGUCCAGUUAUCAACUCAUCGUAGUGGUUCAAGAUGGUGGUACACCUCCGCGUAGUGCCACAGGAACAGCUCAUAUCACAGUGCUUGAUGAGAACGAUAAUGCUCCGGCGUUCAGUCACACACAGUCCGGCAGGGAGAUCCUCAUUCAGGUUCAAGAAGGUCUUCCUGCAGGAUCUGUAAUAGGAACAUUGCAUGCCAAAGAUCCUGAUGAAGGAGAGAACGGCACUAUUUUUUACUCAUUGUCAGGCUCCAGAGCAGAACGUUUCUCCUUAAACGCGAAUACUGGAGAGCUGCGCUCCUCUUCCCCCCUGAGACGAGCGGAAAAGGCGGAAUAUAGCUUCACCGUGACUGCCACGGACCGCGGAGCGCCAUCUCAGAGCUCUUCUACUGCUUUGGUUAUACAGGUUAUUGGCUCCACAAGGACCCCUCCGAAACCCAACACCCUAACUAUGACCCUCAAUUCAGUGGAGGGAGCCAAGCCAGGCUCUGUGAUUGGUUCAGUAAGGUCCCACGACCAACGUGAAGUAACUGUCGGUGAUCAGGUGACCUACCUGGUUGUGGGCGGGACAGACCAUGAUGGCACUUUUAUGGUUGACCGUCUCACAGGAGAUGUGUACUUGGCCAGAGAGCUGGAUUAUGAGAAGGGGUCACGGUAUAGUUUGCAGAUCGAGGUAGAUGACUUCUCAAAGGCGUUUCCGAGCAGUCACAUGGUGAAUUUGGAAAUCAACGUGCAGGAUAGUAACGACCACGCACCGCAUUUUCCUGAAGACCCGGUCACUAUCGUCAUUCCUGAGAACAUACGAGCAGGUUCCUCUGUUUACACCUUCCAAGCGACUGAUAAAGAUGGCAGUGGUCCCAAUAGUGAAAUACGCUAUUCUAUCCAACAACGUUGGCCGGAUAACCCAGAUCUUUUUCGCCUUGACCCUAUCACUGGAGUCUUGAAGUUGGGCCGAGAGCUGGAUCAUGAAGUGACCCCCAGCCUCUUCCUGGUGGUGCAUGCCACGGAUUCAGCCGUGGACCCGAAUCAAAGGCUCUGGGGAUCUGUGACGGCACGGGUGUUUGUUACCGAUGAGAAUGACAACGCUCCCAUCUUCAGCUCCCCCACAGCUGUUAGUGUUAUGGAGGACCAACCAGUGGGUUUUGUGCUACUCUACGUCAUGGCCCGGGAUGGGGACCAGGGCGAAAAUGGACGAGUGUCCUACAGGAUCCAGUCAGGCAAUGCAGCGGGACGAUUUAGUCUCAGUCCCAGCAGUGGCUCUCUUUCCAUCCUGAAGCCUCUGGAUCGUGAGGAACAGGAGAGUUACAAUCUCACCAUUGUUGCAGAGGAUCAUGGGAUACCCCAACAUUCAACCACUCAGGUGCUGUCUAUCCAGGUGAUUGAUGUAAAUGAUGAAGCUCCAUACUUUGAAAGCAGUGAGUUUGAAGCUGAAAUCAGGGAGAACCAACCAGCGGGAACAUCCAUACUCAAGGUUUCAGCCACGGACCGCGAUCACGGCACUAAUGGUUUGGUGACCUACGGUGGUGUGACCGAGGACGGAUUCACAAUUAAUCCAGAGACGGGUGUCAUAUCUGUCACUCAGGUCCUGGACAGGGAACUCCAGGACCAUUACACUAUAACAGUGUAUGCAAAGGAUGCUGGGAUACCUCCUAACUUUGCCAAGGCUAAAGUGCACAUUACAGUGCAGGAUGAGAAUGAUAACGCUCCUGCUUUUGGAAGGGAACAUUACAGUAUAGAGGUGCCCGAAAACCAGGAGCCAGUGGAGCUGUUCGCCCUCAAAGCCACUGACCAGGAUACUGGAGAAAAGGGCAGACUGGAAUAUAAGAUCACUGCUGGGGACCCAGACGGUGACUUCCAGCUUGAUGCCUCCUCUGGAGCUUUGUCUACCUCGAGACCUCUGGAUCGUGAAAGAAGGAGCAGUUAUAUUCUGGAGGUGGUAGCCCAGGAUCAUGGUAGCCCCUCUCUAAGCAGCACAGCCACUGUGGAGAUCUCUGUCCUUGAUGUAAACGACAACAAUCCCAAAUUUAGCACCAGUGGCUACACCAUCGACGUCUCUGAGGAUGCUGCUGUUGGAUCGGUGGUGCUGGAUGUGACGGCCACAGAUGCGGAUGAAGGAGAAAACGGUCAGAUUUUGUUCUUCCUAAGCCAAGAAGCCAAAGGCGCGUUCGCGAUAGACCCAGACAACGGACGAAUCACUACCACAUCACCUUUAGACAGAGAGAAAAGAUCUUCAUACACCUUUCUCGUUUAUGCCAUCGACCUUUCACCUGCUUCCCCCCGAAACGCUACGGCCCAGGUGACUGCUACCAUCUUGGAUAUCAACGAUAAUGCCCCCUUCUUCAUACAAGACCCACUUAUCAUUAACGUGUCCAGUGGAAGUGUGUCCACGCAUCAGGUGGUGGCCACCAUGAGAGCAGAAGAUAAGGACUUUGGAGCAAACGGGUCGGUGUUCUACCGAUUUGCUAUGCCGGUUCGAGGAUUUGCUAUUAAUUCCUUAACAGGGGAGAUCCAGACCACGGAGAAGCUGCAGACGUUGACUCAAACUCAACGUACGCUCAUAGUGGAGGCUAUGGACCAGGGCAGCCCUCCACAGUCUUCCCUAGGGGUGGUGAUCAUCUAUGUGAGGGAGCAAGAAUACAAUGGUAUUCGGUUUUCUCGAAGUGCAAGAGAUGUUAAUAUCCAGGAGAAUGCAGCUAAAGGCACAGCUGUUGCUCAGGCCCAGGCGCAGCAUCCCGACGGCAGCCGGGACGGCAUCACUUACAGCAUCUUCAGUGGAAACAAAUACCAGUCCUUUAGGAUCAGCUCCAGUACAGGUGAAAUCUGGGUGCAGAGCUCCAACGGAUUGGACUUUGAGGAUACUCCGAGACUCCGCCUGGUGGUGAAAGCCGAAACUACGUCCUCGAGUUCCUUCACGGCCGUCAAUCUGAUCCUUCUGGACGUCAAUGACAACCUUCCACGAUUCCAGCUGCAAAACUACGUGGCGUAUAUGCACGAAGCACAAGGCUACGACUUUCCCAUCAUUCAGGUUGUGGCGGAGGAUGUUGACCAGGGUCAGAACGGUCAGGUGACCUACAGCAUCGAGUCUUCGAGUCAAAGCGGCCUGUUUAAGAUUGACCCCGUGACCGGCAGCAUCACCACAGCAGCCAUCAUGGACCGAGAAAUCUGGACGCAGGCAAAGCUGGUGAUAAAAGCCACAGAUCGUGGAAGCCCCAAGCUAGUAGGCACUGCCACCAUCACAGUGAUCAUUGUGGACCUCAAUGACAACAGUCCCACUAUCCCAAUACCACGGGAAGUUAGGGUGCCAGAAAACUCUCUUGUCGGGACUGAAAUCACACUGGUUACUGGAAAUGAUGUGGAUUCUGGCCCAGUGCUGUCCUAUUCUUUGAAGUUGGAUGCGUCAUCGCAAGGAAAAUUCGAUAUCCACCGCUACAACGGCCGUGUUUCUUUGAUAGCACCGCUGGACUUUGAGGAGAGGACGUGGUAUACGCUGACUAUUCGAGCUUCAGAUUCAAAGCACCAGAGUGAAGCCAAUCUAACCGUGCUGGUGGGGGAUAUAAAUGACAACGCACCUACUUUUACACAAGAUCUGUACCAGGUAACACUUCCAGAACAUUCUCCAGCAGGCAGUCCGGUAAUCACAGUAACAGCCACUGAUCGAGAUUCAGGAGAAAACGGAAAGGUCACUUACCGAAUGCUGUCAUCAACGAGGGAGGGGUUUUACGUUGAUCCUAAAAAUGGUACACUUUUCCUUAGACAAAAAGCAGAGUUUGACCCUGAGCAGCCAUCUGUGAGUGUAGUUAUCGAAGCUCAUGAUGCCGGGACUCCACCUUUGUCAUCUUCUGCUACAGUCCAGAUCCAACUGAUAGACGUCAAUGAUAAUGCCCCCAUAUUUCACCAGCUGGAGUACAGAGCCACGGUACCCGAGGACCAGCUUCCUGGAGCCACCAUUCUAACCUUGGAAGCAGUAGAUGGAGACCUAUCUCAGGAAAACUCUGGGUUUGAUUUUGCAAUCGCUAGUGGGAAUGUCGGAAAUGCUUUCCAGAUUGAAAGUAGUGUUCGUUUUAUAGAAGGUCAUGGUUUUCAGACGGUUGGAACCCUGAUCCUGGCGGAGGGGCUGGAUUUUGAGGCGUUGUCACACUAUAACCUCACCAUCGCAGUCUCGGAUCGCGGCGUCCCCCAACGCAGUUCGAGUGUACCGGCUAUCAUUACAAUCACUGAUGUGAAUGACAAUCCUCCUGUCUUUGGUAGAGCUGAGUACGCAGUGGCUUUGAGUGAAGGGGCAGCUGCUGGUACUGAAAUAUUACGUGUGACUGCAACUGAUCCUGAUUCAGCUCCGUACGCAGCGGUCCAGUAUAGCAUUAGCUCUGGGGAUGAGAUGAAAUUGUUCUCGGUUGAUCAGUGGAGUGGGGCGUUGAGGCUUCAAAGGCCACUGGACAGGGAAAGUCGGACUUCCCAUGUGGUUAUAGUACAAGCCUCAGAUGGCCAUGGUCAUUUUGCUCUGGCUCCUAUUAGCGUGGAGGUGAAGGAUAUCAAUGACAACAGACCUUUUUUUCCUAUUGCUACUUUAACUGCCAGUAUCCGUGAGAACCAGCCGCCCAACUCUGUUGUGACUGUGUUACACGCCAUUGAUUAUGACACUGGUGUUUAUGGACAGCUUAAGUAUUAUAUUUUGGACCACUCUAGGCUGGAGAAAGAUUUUUUCUUAAUCGAUCAGAACUCGGGAGAAGUUCGUACCAGGCAGACCUUUGAUUUUGAGAAUGCGAACUCAUUUAACUUCAUCGCUUCGGCUGUGGAUGCAGGCAACAAUUCGGCUACCGUCACAGUGCAAGUUUACGUUACAGGAGAGGAUGAAUAUGACCCAGUUUUUACCUCUUCAGACUUCUCCUUUGAAGUACCAGAGGGAGCCAAAAAAGGUCAGAGCAUUGGUGAAGUUCAGGCCAGUGAUGUGGAUAAGGGAGUGGAUGGGAUUGUACUCUACUCCUUUCCCAAUGUCUCACCUUACUUUGAUGUGAAUAAGACCACUGGUGUGAUCUACCUUAAGAUGGACGGCUCCAGCAGCUCAAGCGGUGGAAGUCACUUAAAGAGAGAAACCCGCCUAAUGACUAUGGACAUUAAUGCCCACAGCCCCCUUGAUAACUCAAGAGUCACUACUGCUCAACUAACCAUUGACAUUACCAACACAUCAUUUGGUCUUGCGACUGACCUCAAUAUUCUGCUCGUAAGCAUAAUUGCUGCCUCUCUUGGAGUCAUUGUCUUAUUAGUCAUAAUUGCAGUGACUCUUUAUCUAGUAAGAUCAAGGCGCAAGAAGAAAGGCCAGGACACUGGAAAUAGGACUGAGUCUUCAGACACAGCUUUGCAGAAAUUGGAUGAGUCUAAACCCACAGGGGGAGACCGGAUCUAUCAUCAGACCCUUCCUGGAUACGCAGGUGUGGAGGAAGGAACAGGUGGCACUUACAUGCGAGGAGGUUCCCUUGAUCCCUCUCACUCCAGUGGACGAGGAUCUGCCGAAGCAGCAGAAGACGAUGAAAUCCGCAUGAUCAACGAAUACCCAAGAGUGGCCAGCAUCACGUCCUCAAUGCAAGAGCAUAUCGCCGCCCGUGGUCCUGACUCAGGCAUCCAACAGGAUGCAGAUCAACUCUCGGACAUCUCUUGUGAACCUGGGCCACUUGAUGCAAGCCAGUGGUUCAAAAGUAAGAAACUGGGAAGUCUCAGUGGUACCCUACUUUCUGGUCAGCUUCCAGUCUACAGAGAUGAAGGUGGAGGCUACCUUGGAGUAGGUAGAGGGUUGAACAUAUCCCAUCCAAAAGACUAUGCUUUCCCUGAGGACGGCAAGCCAUCAGUUGAUGGCUCCCUUACAGCCAUAGUGGCAAGUGAUGAGGAACUGCGAGGCAGCUACAACUGGGACUACCUUCUCAAUUGGUGCCCUCAGUUCCAACCUUUAGCAAGUGUCUUUACAGAGAUUGCCAGACUUAAGGACGAGACCCUACCGCCCAACAACCCACGUCGACCCUUUCAACCCAAAAUUAAAACAGACCCCAAGCCAAGAAUCGACCCACCGCCCCUCAUAACCUCAGUGGCUCAUCCAGGAGCCAAAUCUGUCCCGCCUAAACCAGCUAUGUCACGGACGUUCCACCACUUAGCAUCCCUAAAACGUUCACCCAUUAGCCACGAAGGCUCUAUCUCCUCUGCAGCCAUGUCUCCUAGUUUCUCCCCUUCACUGUCCCCACUUGCAGCAAGAUCUCCAGCAGUUUCCCCCUUUGGUGUCACUCAAGGUCCCUCAGCUUCCAUCAUCAGCACCACCGAACACUCACUGGAAAACAGUAACGAAGCUGAGAUGAGGAUUUAAUGCUUCAUUUUAUAGAGACCAUUUUUUGUCUUUUGAUAAGACAUAUUACUCAAAACGGCAGCAUGAAAACCAGUCGCUCGGCCAUGAUGGUGACGCAGGUGUCUGGUAACUGAAAGGGUAAAAGCGUUAUGCGGUUUAGUUAUGACGUUACCCUUCAUCAGAGCCACCGUAGUGUUGAUGUGAAGACUUGUUGUGUUGCUUUGUUUUGUCAACCUGGCUGGCUCAGGAAGGCAAAACAUAUCUGCUCCUUUUUAUACCGACGACAGCUUGAAAUCUUUCCAGUGUUACGUUCAAUCCAUUCAAGAUAGCUGCUAUCCUCAUACUUUAUGGACAGCAUUGAGAACUGAUGUAAUUAUGUAUGUUUGAUAUAUGACUGGGAGAUGUUUUCUUUUUUUUAAAUCGAUGAUACUUUCAUUUAUAUAUUUUUUAUGCAGGUUUAAUUUCUGAUUGUGGAAAUGCCAUUUGUUUUGUCAGUGUAUGAGUGAAUAGGUGACAUUUUUUAUAUGUAUAUUUAUAUGUAUGAUAGCCACAAUGUGUAUUAUCAUUGUAUAGUGUCUAGGAUCACCAUACUGUGCGAUUGUGAAAUUUGUGACACUUGUGAAUGAGAAUGUUGUAUUUGAUUAUUUAUAAAAAAGAGAGCCUGAAAGUAUUGAAUCUUUCCAAUUUUGUAUAAUAAACCUUUUGAAGUCUUCGCGCCGCCUGCCCUUUUAACUACGCUUUUCGGCAUCUUCCCUAAUUUAUUAUAGAAAGGGCCAGACUGUUUCAGGCUCAUGGAGGUUGCUUGAGAAAUUGAAACCUGAAAGACUUGUUUGUGAUUGAGUUUCUUUCAAAAUGCCAAUAAGACAGAGCAGCUCGUUCACACUGUUUUAUGCUGCUUUCAAUGAUGGUAAUAAAACAAUGCUGUAUUGUCCGCAUAACUGAACUUUCUCAUCAUCCGGACUCCAGGUUACCUUCCAGGUUGAUUCAUCAGGAACCUUUGCUCUGGACUUUGAAAGAAAAAGCUUUUAAAGUGCCCUGCCUCUGUGGAUUUGAGCAUUUGGACGAAACCAGCGCUAUUUUGCUACCUCUGGUGCAUGCCUGAUACCACCAUUGCCUCAAGUGUAACCGGUCCGUGUUUAACACCCAGAUGCAAGGAAAUGAGGCACCUGACAUUUUCAAAGUCAAUUAAUAUUAAAACUUGACAUUUUGUUGCCUCGCAGUCUGGAAAACAUCAAUUUGCAGAUGGCUGCCUGCAAUCUGGCAGCAAUACAGUUUAAAUCAUCUGUACGUAUGUUUAAAUCCGAUAUUAAAUUCCUACUGGUUUCUUUGGUCAAACCUGA